CCUCUACUCGCUCUGCUUACGUUGCUUCUUGGCUUAUAAAGCACUCCAACUCCAACUCCAACUCCAACUCCACCUCCGACACCUUCUCUUCUCCCCCACACCCACCACCUCUCCCACCUCUACCCACACCUCUCAUCACAAUAUGCCCGCCCUCUUCGAACCCAUCAAGGUCGGCACCUGCGCCCUCAGCAACCGCAUCGUCAUGGCGCCCCUCACCCGCUUCCGCAACGACGACGCCCUCGUCCCCAUCCCCGAGCUCAUGCCCGAGCACUACGCCGCCCGCUGCCUCGUCCCCGGCACCCUCAUCAUCGGCGAGGCCACCGACAUCUGCGAGCUCGGCGGCGGAUACAACAACGUCCCCGGCAUCUACACCGACGCCCAGGUCGCGGGCUGGAAAAAAGUCACCGACGCCGUCCACGCCAAAGGCGGCUUCAUGUUCCUCCAGCUCUGGGCCCUCGGCCGCGUCAACCCCGGUAACAAAGUCACCGACGUCACCGGCGCCAGCGCAAUCAAAGACGACUCCGUCGACGCCACCCCUCGCGAGAUGACGACCGAGGAAGUCGUCGGAUUCGAAGACGCCUACGUGCACGCCUCCAAGUGCGCCAUCGCCGCCGGCUUCGACGGCAUCGAGAUCCACGGCGCCCACGGAUACCUCGUCGACCAGUUCCUGCAGGACGUGUCCAACAAGCGCACAGACAUCUACGGCGGCUCGGUCGAGAACCGCGCCCGCUUCGCGCUCAACAUCAUCGACAAGGUCAGCGCCGCCAUCGGCGAGGAAAAGGUCGCCAUCCGCCUCUCGCCCUUCAACAACUUCCAGGGCAUGGGCAUGAAGGACCACUACCCGACCUUCUCGUACGUUAUCUCUCAGAUUGAGGCGAAGCACCCCAAGCUCGCGUACCUGCACGUCGUCGAGCCCCGUGUGUCUGGCGGCGCCGACCGCGAGGUGCACGAGGGCGAGACCACGGACGUCUACAAGAAGCUCUGGUCCGGUCCCUGGAUCGCCGCCGGCGGAUUCACGCCCGAGACCGCGCUCAAGUACGCCGAGGAGCACGAGAACUCGCUCGUCGCGUUCGGCCGCUACUUUAUCUCGAACCCGGACCUCGUCGCGAAGAUCAAGGAGGGCAUUCCUCUCACCCCUUACAACCGCGACACCUUCUACCUUCCUAAAGAUCCCAAGGGAUACCUCGACUAUUCUUAUGCUGAGGAAUUGAAGGGAAAGUACUAUUAG